UAGAGUAUAUUAUAUACUUGCAGUGUUUUCGGAAAGCGUGUCAGUCUACCAGUUUUUGCAAAAUGUUUUAAUAUUUUAAAUAAUGUGUAAAUUAAUUUGAAAAAUUUCAUCCGAAAUGCCGCCCACCGUUCAGACAAAUGAGCCCGAACGGGACAAACGUCCCCAGCGGACGGGAGAAAGGAGAUCGGAGUUGGUAACGAGAGUGAAGUACUGUAACACUCUCCCGGACAUCCCAUUUGACUUGAAGUUCAUUACAUAUCCAUUUCCAUCAACAAGAUUCAUUCAGUACAAUCCUACAUCGUUGGAGAAGAGUUAUCGCUAUGAAGUGCUUACUGAGCAUGAUUUAGGCGUGCACAUAGACUUGAUAAACCGGGACAUAUACCAGGGCGAUGGGAAUGCUAUGCUGGACCCAGCUGACGAGAAGUUGCUUGAAGACGAUGUUCUCACACCUCAAGAUUCCAAAAGAUCACGUCACCAUGCCAAAAACGUAUCCUGGUUGCGUCGUUCUGAGUACAUUUCCACGGAACAGACCAGAUUUCAGCCUCAGACUAUGGAGAAGGUUGAAGCCAAAGUUGGUUACAACGUCAAAAAGAUCUUCAGCGAAGAAACCUUGUACAUGGACCGUGAAAGUCAAAUCAAGGCUAUCGAAAAGACGUUUGAAGACAACAAAAAGCCCAUCGAGAAGCAUUACAGCAAGCCCGGAGUCACUCCAGUGGAGGUCAUGCCGGUGUUCCCAGACUUCGAGAUGUGGAAGUAUCCGUGCGCGCAGGUCAUAUUCGAUACGGACCCAGCGCCGGCGGAUAAGAAUAUUGCUGGGCAGAUUGAGGCCAUGUCACAGGCUAUGAUUCGAGGUGUGAUGGACGAAAGUGGAGAACAGUUUGUCGCUUACUGUCUGCCCACUGAAGAGACGAUACAGAAACGCCGUCGCGACAUCGUCGAGAGCAUUCCAUACAUGGACGGUGACACGUACGAAUACAAAAUGGCUAGGGAGUACAACUGGAAUGUCAAGAGCAAAGCAUCUAAGGGUUACGAAGAGAACUACUUCUUGGUGGUCCGCAACCAUUGCGUCUACUACAACGAGCUGGAGACUCGCGUGCGUCUGUCCAAGCGGCGAGCACGCGCCGGCGUCGCCGCGCAAGCGCUCACGCGGCUCGUGGUCACGCACCGGCCGCUCAGCGCGCCCGAGCACCGCAUGCUGCGGCUGCGGGAGAAGCAACUGGAGCCGCCGCAGGAGGAAGAUGAAGAAGAAGAGGAAGAAGAGGACGAUGACGAAGAAGAAGAUAAGCAAGAAGAACAGACGCAGGAAAAAGAAAGAUCCCGUUCCCGUUCCAAAUCCGGGUCGAAAUCUCCGCAAGGCUCGGACCGGUCGAAAUCCCGCUCUCGAUCCCGGUCCCGAUCCCGCUCGCGGUCUAAAUCCCGGUCCAAAUCCCGGUCCAAGUCGCGCAGCCGGUCUAGGUCGGGUUCUGGCUCUAGGAAAUCAAGGUCCAGAUCUGGCUCAGCGCAUUCUGGAUCUGCAAGAUCGCGAUCCGGCUCAGCGAAAUCUCGUUCCCGCUCCCGUUCCCGUUCCCGCUCGGGAUCCCGCGCGUCGUCCCGCGUGUCUUCCCGCGCCAGCUCUAAGAGCGGGAAGGGCUCUAGGGCUAGUUCUGCUAGUGGGAGGGGAUCUAGGGCUAGUUCUAAAGGCAGCGGCAAGGGCUCCAAAGCAAGUUCAAAGGCGAGUUCCCGCGCCUCAUCCCGCGCGAGCAAGCGUUCGUCCCGCGCGAGCAAGCGAUCGUCCCGCGCGUCGUCCCGUGCGUCCCGCGCGUCGUCCAAAGCGUCCGGGUCCAAGGCGUCGUCCCGCGCCAGUUCCCGCAGGAAUUCGGGAUCCGGCAGCGGCUCUGACAAGUCCAGGAGUCGCUCCCGGUCCGCUAGCGGGUCCAGACAGGGUUCCCGUAGCGGGUCGGCGUCGAGCGCAUCAUCUCGCCACAGCGGCUCUGACUAGAAACACUAGAACUAGAAUAAGACUCGAGUGUAAUUAUAAUAUAGAUCGUAAUUUUUUAAUAAAGCACUGAUGAAUA